AUGCCAAUGGUCUUACACGGAUUGGGCAAGAUGGAUGAGUGGAGCUCAAGCCUUCACCCAGAAUCUGCAGUUCCUCCCUCCUCACUAGAUCAAUCUGUCCCAAUUCGAGGUUGGGUACGCAGAAGAGUAGCCUUUACUCAAUCAGCUCUUCCGAAUUCACAGGAGCCUUCUGCUUCAGGAGCUAUUUGUUCUGAGGCCCAAUAUUUGAAUGCAACAACUUCAUGUAUCCGUGUUCAUCGGUUGAGCAAACGGUACUCAAAGAACAAGUCGGCUGAAAUUCCAUCUGAAGAUGAAUUGAAGACAUACUUCCAGACAUUUGGAAUGGUGGAACAGGUUUCUAUGAAACCCUCCAAUCCAAUUGGUUUCGUCUUAUUUUCCAAUACAUCAGAGGCUCAAAAUGCUCUGUCUGCGACAAUUCAUUCAGUGAACGGCUAUAUUUACAAUGUCACUGCUUCAUAUUAUAUUGCAAGGGUUUUUAGGUAA